AUGGCCUUCUCCAAGUACCUUCUGUCUGCGCUGGCAGUCACUCAAGUCGUCUUCGCCUCUUCUUGCGGUGACACCACCAUCUCCACUCAAAGCGAUGCCGACACCCUCGCCAGCGGCUGCCAGACCGUCAAGGGUGACAUCACCAUCGACAAAAGCUUCUCGGGCAACCUGGACCUCAGCAGCAUCCAGCAGAUUACCGGUAGCCUCACCUGCAAGAACUGCCCCAAUCUCGCCUCACUGUCCGGCGACAGCCUCAGCGCGAUCGGAGGCGACUUCAUCUUGAACGAGGUUGUUGGUCUGACCGCUCUCAACUUCCCGUUGUUGACUACCGUCCUGGGCAACAUCAAUUUUAUCGCCCUCUCCUCGCUGCAAUCGCUUGGAUUUGAUACCGGCGUGACCAAGGCCGGCGGCGUCCACAUUGAGAACACCAAGUUGCAGAGCCUGGACGGCAUCAGCCUGAGGACUGUUGGCAAGUUCGAAAUCCAGGCCAACAAUUUCUUGAAGUCCGUCAACAUCAAUAACCUGAUGAACGCCACCGAUGAGAUUGACUUCUCGGACAACUACGGCGGUCUCCAGAUUGAGUUCCCCAACCUGAGCUCAGGCACCAACAUGACCUUCCGUUCCGUCCAGACCCUCUCCAUGCCUUCGCUUAAGUCGCUCUCCAACGCUCUUGGCCUCUGGAACUGCCAGUUCGACUCGUUCUCCGCUCCCAACCUGACCACCGUUGGUGACCUGACCUUCUUCAACAACACCCAGCUCAGCAACAUCAGCAUGCCCCUUCUGAAGGAGGUUGAUGGCGGUUUUGAAAUCACCAAGUCUGAUCCCCUGAAGAACAUCAGCUUCCCCGCCCUGCAGAAGGUUACUGGCGCCAUUGACUUCAGCGGUGACUUCGGCUCGAUCAAAAUCCCGAAGCUUAACGAUGUUGAGGGUGCCUUCCACGUCGAGAGCACUGGUGAUAUCAAUUCCGACUGCGAUUUCUUCAAGGGUAUCAAGGCGCUUUCGAUCCACGGCCCGUAUACCUGCAAGGGGUCCAUUUCGGACCCUAAGACUCGUUCGGGAGUGUCCGGUACCUCCUCCUCCACUACCAGCGGUAGCGCAGCGAGCACGACCACCUCCGGUAUUGCUGUCGCCAACGGCGUCGACAUGCCUACCGUUGGUGUUGUUGCUGCUGCCUUCUACGCUCUUGCCCAGCUCUUCUAA